AUGGCCGCCCGGGUAGUUUUAUUUGAUGAUGUUCUUCAACAUCCUGGGACGAUGCUUUCUUCCUUCUUUUCCACUGGAAAUGUGGACGGUGACGAGACCAACAGCCACGCAGCUGCGACCUCCUGGCGGUUCUUCCAUGAUAGGGAACGCGCGGAUGCAUGUCCUUCGGUCGCUGCAACCAGAACUUCUUUUUCCAGUAAACUAACACAUCUGGAAGGGCCCCCGGGGAAGAUUACAUCGCGAGGCAGCCACCCAGGAAGAAAUUGCAGUUUUUUCCACGACUCCCACUCGAAUUUGCACCUGCAGAGCCAAGAAGAUUUUCUCGAAACCGAAAACCAAGAAUCUCACAACAUGAACAGCUCCCGUCCAGUCUGGAAAAACUCGAGAAACAGGAUCAACAAAUACUCAGCUGCGACCAACACAUCCACCCCCACGUCUUUCCUUUUCGGCGCGAUUAAAUCCGGAGCGGCCGCCAUCGCGGGGAAAAUUCCAAACCCGAUGGACUACACGAUCGGAAAAAAAUAUGGGAGUGUCAGAAUCGAAAUUGACAAAAUUGAAAAAUUUGUGAUGCACAAAAUCAAUGUCAGUCGGAGCCUCAGUUUUCAAGUGGUGCGCGACAAAUUUCUGGAGCACCGAAAUCCAGUCUGUCAUGCUGUUUGGGGAAAGAAGGCUGGGCUGCUCCUGUCAUGCUACUCUGGCAGCACAUUGCAUACCCCUAAACAGGCUUACAAUCGCCCUCAUAUGCCUGCUCACCAAUACAGGCCUUCAGUGCUCUACAUUUUAUGCAUCACAAGUUUUUCGAUUUUGUCGAUUUCGAUCCCGACACAUCCAUAAAAAACGUAAACGCGACCUGAUGUGCGACUGCCAGGAGGCGAUCAAGCAGCACGACGAAGAGGCGAAGAUGCACGAGAACCCGCGGGACGAGCCGCUGCCGCGAACGGAGGCGCAGGUCGCGGCCAAUGCGCGGAAAGAUCUGGAGGAACAACUGGAAACGGAGGUGAUUUUCACCACCCACGCGAAACGGUACGCGGACGCCCUGCAGCAACAAUUGCAAGAAAUCCUCACAACCGCGCAGCAAGUACACAGCGACGCGCAGCGGAGUCUGGAGCAGAGCGCGGCGGCGUUAGCGAACGCGCAGGAGUAUCGGAGAGUGAAUGGGGUCGGCGUGGAAAAGGAAUGAAGGAAGUGAGUUUUUGAGGCGUGUAUGGUGUCAUGCUCAAUGAAUUGCGAUGAUUUAUUUCUUUGUUCGUUGCUCCGGGGAACAAACAAGGGAAAGAAGCCGCUGCGGACAGGCACAUUUGCACGAAUCCUGCUGCAGCAACAGCUUUCUUUAUUUUACUUACUUUAGUCCACAAGUACAAGUAGGAGAUGCGGCUGGGGCUGUGCACCACAGCACGUUCUUCAGUGCGAAAACGUAAAGAGGUUCUGUUUCAUCCUGUUAAAGAAAUGCAAGGCAAAUUAUUUUCGGCACACGCAC